AUGAAUGAGUGCGUAGAAUAUUCCAAUUUUAACUCGGACGCCAAAGAAAGUCCUGUUUUCGCAACCGAAGACGUCAUUCGUCGAGCGUGCAAGAAGCACAACGGCUAUUCAACUCCAGAUCUGAACGAAAAACUUUACCUAAACCACCUUGGCCUUUCAGGUCUUAGCUCAGCGUUCAGCUUGUAUGUCAACUGCACCGCCCUGUACCUCAAUCACAACGCGCUCCAUGACUUGACCGACCUAGGCUGUUUAAUUAACCUGAAAUCUCUUUAUCUUUCCUUCAAUGCGCUCGAUUCCUCUUCAUCUUGGCCCACGUUUGCUGCCCUCGAGCACCUGGACGUCUCCAACAACUAUUUAAAGCGCCUUGAUGACAUCAGUCAUGCAGCGCCAAUGCUGAGGACUCUUCUUGUCUCUUACAACAGAAUCGACAGCCUCGGGAGUGCGCUGGAAUCCCUGACGGGCCUGACCUCCCUGGAUCUCUCUCACAAUCACUUGGAGUCCGACCCACUCGUCCUUUUGGACGCCCUCACGCGUCUGAAGGAAACUCUAACGACGUGUGUGCUCUCCGGCAACGGCAUCACCCGGGAUUUACAAAAUUACCGAAAGCGCCUGAUUCACGCCUUGCCCGCGCUCCGCUUUCUCGACGUCCUUCCCGUCGCCGCGGAGGAGCGCGAGCGUGCGGAGGCCUUUUGCUGCGGCGGCACGGCCGCAGAGCAGGCCACACGGGCGGCCAUUCAAAUGCGCGAACGAACGGAAAAGGCGAGGCGGGAUGCGUACUUCGAGGAGGUCCGAAGGGCCGCGCGGGGGGCCUCGGGCUCGACAGACACCUCGAAACACAUCACUCCCCUUGCGGCCUUCUUAGGGGAUUGA